AUGUUCCGCCGGAGCUUUAAUCGUUUUUGUGCUGGAGAAGAGAAGCGAGUUGGUACACGCACAGUAUUUGUUGGCAAUCAUCCCGUUUCAGAAACUGAAGCAUACAUUGCACAAAAAUUUUGUGAUAAUAGAAUAGUUUCAUCUAAGUAUACACUUUGGAAUUUCCUCCCAAAGAAUCUGUUUGAACAGUUUAGAAGAAUUGCAAACUUUUAUUUUCUUAUCAUUUUUCUUGUACAGGUCACAGUAGACACACCAACUAGCCCAAUUACCAGUGGACUUCCACUUUUUUUUGUUAUAACUGUUACAGCCAUCAAGCAGGGAUAUGAGGAUUGGCUGAGGCACAGGGCUGACAAUGAAGUCAAUAAGAGCACUGUUUACAUUAUUGAAAAUGCAAAGCGAGUGAAAAAAGAGAGUGAAAAAAUCAAGGUCGGUGAUAUAGUAGAAGUACAGGCAGAUGAAACCUUUCCCUGUGAUCUUAUUCUUCUGUCAUCCUGCACAGUUGAUGGAACCUGUUAUGUUACCACAGCCAGUCUUGAUGGGGAAUCUAAUUGCAAGACACAUUAUGCGGUACGUGAUACCACUGAACUGCGUACAGUUGAAUCCAUUGAUAACCUCAGAGCAGCAAUUGAAUGUGAACAGCCUCAACCUGACCUCUACAAGUUUGUUGGCCGAAUCAAUAUCUAUAGUAAUAGUCUUGAAGCUGUUGCCAGGUCUUUGGGACCUGAAAAUCUCUUGUUGAAAGGAGCUACACUAAAAAAUACCAAGAAGAUAUAUGGAGUUGCUGUUUACACUGGAAUGGAAACCAAAAUGGCAUUGAACUACCAAGGGAAAUCUCAGAAACGUUCUGCUGUUGAAAAAUCCAUUAACGCUUUCCUGAUUGUGUAUUUAUUUAUCUUACUGACCAAAGCUGCAAUAUGCACUACUCUAAAGUAUGUCUGGCAGAGUACCCCAUAUAAUGAUGAACCUUGGUAUAACCAAAAGACCCAGAAAGAACGGGAAACUUGGAAGGUUUUGAAAAUGUUCACCGACUUCCUGUCAUUUAUGGUUCUAUUCAACUUUAUCAUUCCUGUCUCCAUGUAUGUCACAGUAGAAAUGCAAAAAUUCUUGGGCUCCUUCUUCAUUUCAUGGGAUAACGACUUCUAUGAUGAAGAAAUUAAUGAAGGAGCCCUGGUUAACACAUCAGACCUUAAUGAAGAACUUGGUCAGGUUGAUUAUGUAUUUACUGAUAAGACCGGAACACUCACUGAAAACAGCAUGGAAUUCAUUGAAUGCUGCAUAGAUGGGCAUAAGUAUAAAGGUGUAGCUCAGGAGACCGAUGGACUAUCUCAAACUGAUGGACCCUUACCAUAUUUGGACAGAGCAGAUAAGAGUCGAGAAGAGCUCUUUCUGCGUGCCUUGUGUUUAUGUCACACUGUAGAAGUUAAAACAAAUGAUACUGUUGAUGGAGUUACACAGUCAGCUGAAUUAACCUAUAUGUCGUCUUCACCAGAUGAAAUAGCUUUGGUCAAAGGAGCUAAAAAGUAUGGGUUCACAUUUGUAGGAGUUCAGAAUGGCUAUAUGAGAGUAGAGAACCAAAGAAAAGAAAUAGAAGAGUAUGAACUUCUUCACACCUUAAACUUUGAUGCUGUCCGCCGUCGUAUGAGUGUAAUUGUGAAGACUCAUUCAGGAGACAUACUUCUCUUUUGUAAAGGAGCCGACUCAGCAGUUUUCCCCAGGGUGCAAAAUCAUGAAAUCGAGUUAAUUAAAGUCCAUGUGGAACAUAAUGCAAUGGAGGGGUAUCGGACACUUUGUGUAGCCUUCAAAGAAAUUUCUCCAGAUGAUUAUGAAAGAGUUAACAGACAGCUCAUAGAGGCAAAAAUGGCCUUACAAGACAGAGAAGAAAAAAUGGAAAAGGUUUUCGAUGAGAUUGAGACAGACAUGCAUUUAAUUGGAGCCACUGCAGUGGAAGACAAGCUACAGGAUCAAGCCGCUGAGACCAUUGAAGCCCUGCAUGCCGCAGGUCUAAAAGUCUGGGUGCUUACUGGCGACAAGAUGGAGACUGCAAAAUCCACCUGCUAUGCCUGCCGCCUUUUCCAAACCAACACCGAACUCUUGGAACUGACCACCAAGACUGUUGAAGAAAGCGAAAGGAAAGAGGAUCGAUUACAUGAGUUGUUGACUGAAUAUCGUAAGAAGCUGCUGCGUGAAUUUCCUAAAAGUACUAGAAGCCUUAAAAAAGCGUGGACAGAACAUCAGGAAUAUGGAUUAAUCAUUGAUGGCUCCACUCUGUCUCUCAUAUUAAACUCUAGUCAAGACUCCGGUUCUAACAAUUACAAAAGCAUUUUCCUACAGAUCUGCAUGAAGUGCACAGCAGUGCUGUGCUGUCGCAUGGCCCCAUUACAGAAAGCCCAGAUUGUAAGAAUGGUGAAGAAUUUAAAAGGCAGCCCAAUCACACUGUCGAUAGGUGAUGGUGCCAAUGAUGUUAGCAUGAUCUUGGAAUCCCAUGUGGGCAUAGGUAUUAAAGGCAAAGAAGGUCGCCAAGCAUCCAGGAAUAGCGAUUAUUCGGUCCCAAAGUUUAAACAUUUAAAGAAACUGCUGUUGGCUCAUGGACAUCUAUAUUAUGUGAGAAUAGCACACCUGGUACAGUAUUUCUUCUAUAAGAACCUUUGUUUCAUUUUGCCACAAUUUUUGUACCAGUUCUUCUGUGGAUUCUCACAGCAGCCACUGUAUGAUGCCGCUUACCUUACAAUGUACAAUAUCUGCUUCACAUCCUUGCCCAUCCUGGCCUACAGUCUGCUGGAACAGCACAUCAAUAUUGACACAUUGACCUCAGAUCCCCGAUUGUACAUGAAAAUAUCUGGAAACGCCAUGCUACAGUUGGGCCCAUUCCUAUACUGGACAUUUCUAGCUGCAUUUGAAGGAACAGUGUUUUUCUUUGGGACUUACUUUCUUUUUCAGACUACGUCCUUAGACGAAAAUGGAAAGGUAUAUGGAAACUGGACUUUUGGAACCAUUGUUUUUACAGUCUUAGUAUUCACCGUAACUCUGAAGCUCGCCUUGGAUACUCGUUUCUGGACAUGGAUCAACCACUUUGUGAUUUGGGGUUCUUUAGCAUUUUAUGUAUUUUUCUCAUUCUUCUGGGGAGGAAUUAUAUGGCCAUUCUUGAAACAACAGAGAAUGUAUUUCGUAUUUGCUCAAAUGCUGUCAUCUGUAUCCAUAUGGUUGGCCAUAAUUCUUCUAAUAUUUAUCAGCCUUUCCCCUGAGAUUCUCCUGAUAGUAUUAAAGAGUGUAAGAAGAAGAAGUGCCAGGAGCAAUCUAAGCUGUAAAAAGGCAUCUGACUCGUUAUCCACCAGACCUUCAGUCAGACCUCUUCUUUUACGAACAUUCUCAGAUGAAUCUAAUAUAUUUUAA